UACAACCGACUGAUCCCGCCUUCAAACUUCUGGAAUAUUGCCUACUUCGUUUCCGAAACCCGAACAAGCAGGUUAUUUCUUAAGACGGCUGGAAGGAGGCUAUAUAAACUCAUCAGCUACUUUAUAGAGCUUAUUCAGUACAGAAUGAGGGUUCUGUUUCUAUUUGCCUCUCUAUGUCUGCCUUCUCUUAUUAUGUCUGACUUUAAGGAAAUGGUGGUCAACUGUACAACUCAGAGUCACGCUGAAAACUGCAACCACACAAAUUCAUGUGAAUGGAAUAAUAGCCUAGCAAUGUGUUCUACUUUACAAAUACAGUGUUUGAAGACUGUUGGAAAAUCAUCUCAAAAAAAAAUUUGCAGCUCAUUGGAGGAAUGUGGCCUGAAAAAGGGUCUGAAAUUUAUAGAAACUCUACUUGGUAGUAUCACCUGCAAAAACACAGAUGGAGAGGUAAAAUGUAGCCUUGCUGUAGCAUGUAAUCAAUCUAUAUACCUAUGUGAAAAAGCAGAAUGUGAACUCGACCACAUACUGUCUGGAAGCAAGCACAACAAGAGAUAUUGCAAAUUCCAUCAUAACAUUGCUAAAUGUAUUAAAGAAAAUGGAAAAUUUCAAGGACCCAUAAACUGCACAAUGAAAUCUGCAACUGCAAGCAACAAUGAUCUUGGUCCAAACACCGAUAAACGAUUAGAAACUGUAAUUCUAAGAUUUGUGGUUGGAGUUCUAGGAAUUCUUAUAGCAGUUUUUCUUGUUGUUUUAUGUUGGAGGUAUAAAUGUAAAAUCUGCAAGUAUGGACAAGAUGCUGCAGAGCCCAUCCCCCAAUCUCAAGGCAUUGAAAGAGAAAGAGAUGCACAAUCAUCUACAAUCAACAGUCCUCCUACAGCCCCACUGUUAGGAGUACCAGGUGUAAACAUUCAUGAUGCUGCAAUGCCCAUCUCCCAACAUCAAGAUGCUGAAGCAGACAGCAGCUUAGAUGAUCCUCAAGCAAAUGCUGCAGAGCCCAUCCCCCAAUCUCAAGAUGGCACACUGCAGAUGGAGUCAAGUUGUUAAAUACAAAGUUGUUCAGGAGGAUGAGAAGGGAUGUUAAAAUGUAUAAUCUACAGUAUAUACAUUUCAGUUCAUAAAGUGGAGAGCAGAGCACUGUGAAAGUUAAAUGUAAGGUGUGUGAUAUGCAAAUAAGCUAUUUAAAGUGUGUAUAAAUCAGUUGCUUUUAAAUUAUUAAUUGUUUGAAUUCAAUAUGCUACAGUUUGGUUCACCUGUUUUUAUAAUGUUUGAAUGUCUAGUUGUCUCUAACAUUGUACGUUAUAUACUAAGCAAUUGUUACAUCAGGGGCCAGUUUCAAUAAAGAGGUUCAACCAACUCUGAGUUAAAACUUGAACUCUGAGUUGACUUACCCUGAAAUGGGAAA